AUGGGUGGAACUGGGGCUGUUUGGUUGGGGAUGUGUGUGCAUGCAGGGGUGCACAGUGGGAGGGGUUCUUUUCAAAAACCCUGAGGAGACUACUUUUACCUGUGGGUUCAACAAGAGGGUUGUUCCCUUUUCCUUUUUGCAAUGUUGCCAAGUACUUUGAUCGGGCCCCAGAUUUUACAAGGAAAGAUAGCUAUGGAGGGUGUUUUGUACAAGAAAGGAAUAUUGAUGGUGCUAAGGAGAGUUUUCCUUACAGUAGUCUAAUGUUUGUGGGGGGGGGGCUAAGCCCAUUUGCUAGCCCCAGGUAAUGGCAAGGGUUUUUGUUAUUUUUCCUGCUUUGAGCAUAAGCAGUCGUGCUCAUCAAGAUGCACAAGCAUUGAUUGUUUGAUUGUGAAGGGUGCUAGUUCAAGUAGCAUGUAUACGUAAUGUAUUUGGGACAUGUUUGUCUUUAUGUAUGUGGGGAAGUACCAUCUCUUGUAAAAUUUGUGUAAUACCAUGUUCUCACUGGACAAACACCAUCAGAAGGCACACUUUGCUUUAACCAAGGCAAGCAAUGUGUUUGUGAAGCAUGUGAGUUCAACAAGGGGUUUCUCUUGUAUGUGCUUUUGACAUGGGUUGGAUUUGAUUUCAACAUCUCGGACAUUUUUCUUGAGACUGUGCUGAACGGGCGGGGCAGGCUUGAGAAGGACAAAGAUUUCUCAACUUUCUCUCCAAGCUAAUGUGGUUAACCAGUGUCUGUGAAGAAAUGUAAAGUUUUUUUUUCUAAUCCACCUGUUUUGUGAGCUGUACUUUCCAGACACCAGAUGAACUGGAACUGCAAAGACUGCGAUUCCUGUGUUCUGCCUUGCUCUUUGUAUCAUCCACGAGGAAGCAAAGGGCUAACCAGGCAAACCGUGAGAGGCAAGUCCUACAGCUGAGUCCAGAAAUUGAGUGAAGCCUAGACAACGAAAUCUCGAAGAAUCAUCUCAAGAAUCAUCUCAAGAUAACUGAACUGGACAUUAGGCCAUUGCCUCAUAUCACACUGCUCCCACCUUGCGAAGCAGGCUAACCUGAGUCUGUUGACCAAAAGGGAUGGUGGCCUUAGGGUAUUCAUCAUCGUGGGGGUCUCAGUCCCAAUGAGGAUGAUAUCUUUAGGUUUUGGACGGAGGGAUGUAGUGGAAUUACUGCUUUUGAGUGGUGCUAAUGUCCAUGCACGAGAUGAUGGAGGCCUCAUUCCACUUCAUAAUGCCUGCUCUUUUGGUCAUGCUGAUGCUGUCAAUCUUCUCUUGCGACAUGGUUCAGAUCCUAAUGCCCGGGAUAAUUGGAAUUACACUCCUCUUCAUGAAGCUGCUAUUAAGGGAAAAAUUGAUGUUUGCAUAGUAUUGUUGCAACAUGGUGCUGAUCCAGCUAUUCGUAAUACAGAUGGAAGGACAGCACUGGACUUAGCAGACCCAUCAGCAAAAGCAGUGCUAACAGGUGAAUAUAAGAAAGAUGAAGUCUUGGAAAGUGCCAGAACUGGAAAUGAAGAAAAUUUAAUGGCUCUUCUUACACCACUAAAUGUCAACUGUCAUGCAAGUGAUGGCAGAAAGGUAUUGUCUAAAAUGUCAUAUUUAUACAAUACUGUUGAGAAUAAUAAUAGUAUUAAAAUACUCAAAUAUCAACCUUUUAUUUAUUUAUUAGAU